UGCAGUCUUGUACUAUGCACUUUCUUUGCCAAAGGCAAACGCAGAACAUUUCAGAGCCAUGAGGAUGCUUCUGCAUUUGAGUUUGCUAGCUCUUGGAGCUGCCUAUGUGUAUGCCAUCCCCACAGAAAUUCCCACAAGUGCAUUGGUGAAAGAGACUUUGGCACUGCUUUCUACUCAUCGAACUCUGCUGAUAGCCAAUGAGACUCUGAGGAUUCCUGUUCCUGUACAUAAAAAUCACCAACUGUGCACUGAAGAAAUCUUUCAGGGAAUAGGCACACUGGAGAGUCAAACUGUGCAAGGGGGUACUGUGGAAAGACUAUUCAAAAACUUGUCUUUAAUAAAGAAAUACAUUGACGGCCAAAAAAAAAAGUGUGGAGAAGAAAGACGGAGAGUAAACCAAUUCCUAGACUACCUGCAAGAGUUUCUUGGUGUAAUGAACACCGAGUGGAUAAUAGAAAGUUGAGACUAACCUGGUUUGUUGUAGCCAAAGAUUUUGGAGGAGAAGGACAUUUUACUGCAAUGAGAAUGAGGACCAAGAAAGAGUCAGGCCUUAAUUUUCAGUAUAAUUUAACUUUAGAGGGAAAGUAAAUUAUUUCAGGCAUACUGACACUUUGCCAGAAAGCGUAAAAUACUUAAAAUAUAUUUCAGAUAUCAGAAUCAUUGAAGUA